GCACGGUCGACGCUGAUCGCCGCAGGCUUCUCAAAUGUUCCGUAGAGAGCGCUGCGAUCAGCAAUGUUUAUGGCACCAGCGGAGAAGAAGUUUUGGCGUUGUGCUUUGAUAUUGCCCAAGCAAACAGAUCGUUGCCACGCCAAUGUGAGUUGAGAUGAAACGUCGAGUGGAGGAGGCUGCAAAGCAAGAGGGUAGCAGCAGUAGUAGUGUUAGUACUGGGCUGAGUGGAAGGACAAGCGGCCCACCUGGCGGGCCGGCCAUUGUUUACAGUGGACCGGUUCGCCAACAUCAUAAUCGUGGCAUAACUCCGCCAGGCCUCAACACGGUUUCCUCACCGAGUUAUCUCCCUGCAUCAAGUAUUAAUAAAAAUUUGUCCACGUUAUCCUCGGAUCGUACAGUGGGCUCUUCAGCACCAAGUGAGGUGCCCAUGCCAGCGUUUUCUAUAGCCCCCAGCUACUCUUCAACAAUGCCAGGCGCUACAGCAAUUAAAACUGCAGUCAGUGGGCUGCAAGGUGGCACACCUGCUGGCCCUGGUUUGCAGACAACUCUUCAUACCCUGCAAGCACCCCCGCAGGUUUUGACACAACAGCAACAUGUCAUCCAAACACACCAGCCUAUUAGGCACAAGGUGCAUACUGGAGCGACCACUCCCCCUGCAGUUGCUGCACCCCCUCAGCAACCAUCCCAGCAAUCUCAGCAACAGUUCCAAAAGCUGAAAGUGGAGGAUGCACUGUCCUACUUGGACCAGGUCAAGUUUAAAUUUGGAAACCAACCACAGGUGUACAAUGAUUUUUUGGAUAUCAUGAAGGAGUUUAAAUCACAAAGCAUUGAUACGCCUGGAGUUAUAGCAAGGGUGUCAGAUCUUUUCAAGGGCCACCCUGAACUUAUUGUUGGUUUCAACACAUUUUUGCCCCCGGGGUACAAAAUUGAAGUUCAGCAAAAUGACCAGGGAUUUGCUUUCCAAGUGUCCGUCAGCAUUCCCAGUCCCACUGCCUCCACCACAACAGUGGUUCAUACUCCUGGUGGUCCUAUCACCACAAGCACACAUGGUCACACCACCCUCAUCACUCCAAUUGGGCCUCCAGGCUCAGGUGCAAGUAGCAACAACAUUGUGGUUACCCCCUUGUUACCACCAUCCACCUCUGUUGUCACUCAAGGUGUGCCUUCUGUUGGUGUUCCAACAAGCACUCCUCCUCUUCAGUCUGGUCAGCCUGUUUCUAUUGGCAAACCAGUCACCAUUAUCAGCUCAAGUGGACCACUGGUCAGUCAUCAUCCAACUCCCAUGGUUGCUACCAGUAACCACAACAACCCAAGUGUGACAUCAGGGCCGACAGCAGUGCCUGUCCUCCUUAGCAAUUCUUCAGCUGCUAACCCUGUGUCAGUGUCUGCUGGUACUACACCCCACCAUGCAUCCGCACCAGUCCAUCAUGCUUAUCCCCAACCAUCAGUGGUACCAACUGCACCACCUCCAGGCAGCACUGUGCCACAUGGUGUGAACAGUGUGUCUUCCACUAGCGGAGCUCAAACUUCAAUACCAAGUCACCACAAUACUCAUCCAACUCAUGCACCACACCACCUUACAACAGCAGGGACAAAUCUGCAUCAUGCAGGCAUGGCUCAGGCUGUUUCACAGGCCCAUCAGGCUGUGUCGCAGGGUCUGCCUCAUGGUGAAACGAUUCCCCAUUCGACCCAGAGUCAACCAGUGGAGUUCAAUCAUGCCAUAAACUAUGUGAACAAAAUUAAGAACCGCUUCCAAGGUCAACCUGACAAGUACAAACGCUUUUUGGAAAUUUUGCACACAUAUCAGAAAGAGCAAAGGAAUUUGAAAGAAGGUUCUACUAUGAGUGGUAACAGUGGUGGUGCUAAACAUCUCACUGAAGCAGAGGUGUAUUCUCAAGUGGCUAAACUUUUUGAAAAUCAGGAGGAUUUGCUAGCAGAGUUUGGGCAGUUCUUGCCUGAUGCUACAAGCCAUCAAAGUGUAAUUGGAACCAAGGUUCUCACUAACGAUCAUCAUGCUGUUAAGAAACCAACUAAUUUGAAGCUGACCUAUAACAGCAACUCCUGUUCAACAAGUAGGGAGCGUGAUGGUACAACUCCUACUUCAGGUCUUGUCAUGAUGGGCACUCACGCGGAUCGCGUCCACAGUAAUAUAAAUUCGGCUUCAAAGUUUGGAAACAGUGGUGGUGUGAAGAGGUCACCUUCUUUCUCAUCUCCGACCCCCAAUUCGUCUCACCAUGGUCAUCAUCAGCAUAUUCACAGUGGAAGUCACGGUAGUCAUGGUGCCUCUCAUGGAGCACAUGGAACUCAGUCACAUGGUCCACCACCCCCUAAAAAGCACAAAGCCUGCAUUAGAGAUGUUACUCUUGCAGAUGCUGGGAAAUUCGGUACCUUAAAUGAUUAUGCUUUCUUUGACAAUGUUAGAAAAGCUCUCCGAAGCCAAGAAGUUUACACCAAUUUCCUUCGUUGCUUACAAUUAUUUAAUGAAGAGGUUGUCUCAAAAACUGAGCUAGUUCAGCUUGUAACUCCAUUUCUUGGGAAGUACCCCGAACUGUUCAGAAGAUUCAAAGAUUUCAUUGGAGCCUGUGAAGGAAAUGUCAAUGCACCAGGUGUGCAUGGUUUGGUUGGCGGGCUUGGAGGCAGCCUUGGUGGAAAUUCUUUAGGGGUUGAAAGUAUCCCCAACAAUGUUGCACGGCAGGAUAGACCGUCUGGAGAACAUGCACUGGAAAUUGACUAUUCAACUUGCAAGAGACUUGGUGCCAGCUAUUGUGCUCUACCGAAAAAUUAUACCCAACCCAAAUGCACUGGCAGAACAACACUGUGUAAGGAAGUUCUCAAUGACACAUGGGUGUCCUUCCCUACUUGGUCUGAAGACUCUACUUUUGUGACAUCCCGCAAAACACAAUAUGAAGAAUACAUUUAUCGAUGUGAAGAUGAAAGAUUUGAAUUGGAUGUUGUCAUUGAGACAAAUGCAGCAACCAUUCGAGUUCUUGAAGGGGUGCAUAAAAAAUUACAGAGGCUCUCACCUGAAGAAGUUGCCAAGUUUAGAUUAGAUGACUGCCUUGGAGGAGCUUCUCCCACAAUUCAUCAGAGAGCACUGAAAAGAAUAUAUGGAGACAAGGCUGCUGACAUUAUUGAUGGCCUGAAGAAAAAUCCAUCUGUAGCUGUGCCUGUCGUUUUAAGAAGGUUAAAGGCUAAAGAAGAGGAGUGGAGAGAAGCCCAGAAGGGUUUCAACAAGCUGUGGAGGGAGCAAAAUGAAAAGUACUACUUGAAAUCAUUAGACCACCAGGGUAUUAAUUUCAAACAAAAUGAUGUUAAGCAACUUCGUUCUAAGAGUUUAUUCAAUGAAAUAGAAACAUUAUUUGAUGAACGUCACGAGCAGGCUGAAGAAGGGAGCAGUGAAACAACAACUGGUCCUCACCUAGUGCUUCCAUAUAAGGAUAAAACAGUCUUAAAUGAUGCUGCAGAGCUACUUAUUCACCAUGUUAAGAGGCAGACAAGUAUACACAAAGAGGACAAACAAAGAAUAAAGCAACUGUUGCGUCAUUUCCUACCUGAUUUAUUCUUCCAUCCUCGACAAGAGCUGAGUGAUGAUGAGAGAGAUGAUGCUGAGAAUGAUGAAGACAGUGAUGCCAAUGCGUCCAAGACUACACCUGGUGCUGACCGAAGAGAUGGGUCUAAUGGAGCUCAAGAUAAGAAGGACGAAGAGAGCGAAGGAGAUGUGAAACCCCCGCCUCAUGCAGUAUCACAGCAUCCUGAUGAAUGCUACUCCCUCUUCUUUGGUAAUAACAACUGGUACUUGUUCUACCGGUUGCACCACAUCCUUUGUGAGCGCCUUACUCGUAUGUAUGAUCGAGCGGUUGCUUUAGCUAAUGAAGAGGCAAAAUAUAGAGUUGACAGGAAGGAGUCAACAGCAAUUGCCCUGAGAUUAAAGCCCAAAAAUGAAAUUGAUGUUGAAGAUUAUUACCCAGCAUUCCUGGAUAUGGUUCGCAAUGUGUUAGAUGGUAAUAUGGAUAGCAAUGCUUAUGAAGACACACUUCGAGAAAUGUUUGGAAUACAUGCAUAUAUAGCAUUUACUUUAGACAAGGUUGUCACCUAUGCUGUGAGACAGUUACAACAUCUGGUAUCAGAUGAUCCAUGCACUGAGUGUCAAGAAAUUUUCUUAUCGGAGCAAAAAAGAGGAGGUACUGCCAUUGGUGGACCCUGUAGUACUGCUCAUCUGAGAACAGCAGCAGAGGUAGCUUAUCAAAGAAGAGCUGAACAAACACUUGCCGAAGAAAACUGCUUUAAAGUUUUAAUUUAUAAGCGAGACUGCAAGGUUACCAUUGAGCUUCUUGAUACCGAGUCAGAAGAACAGGAACAGCAGACUUCAUCCGAGCCGUCUAAGUGGACAAACUUCGUAGAUAGGGAACGCCGCUUUUCAAAUUCUGAAGAAACUAACAAUGCUGAAACUGGGAACAGAGUAAAAGAAGAAAGAGAUGUUGAUGGUGUGCUCCUUAGACAACGCAAGGCAGUAUUCCUUGCUCGUAAUGUCAGAAGAAAGAAGCUUGGUCAAACUGAUGUAGAAAACGAAAUAAAGGGAAUUGGUCCUGUAGCUGUACCUGUACCCGUAUCCGAGGGGAAUGAUGCUUCUGAAUCAGAAAAGGCAUUAAUUGAUCGGAAAAAGAAAGAGAAGUUAAGUUCUGAUGGUGAUGAAGAAAUGGAGGUUGAUGAAGAUGUUGAAGCAAGUGGUGGGAGAAGACAGUCAAAGCAGGGAAAGCCCAAGCCUGUACGCCUCAACCAUAAGUUAAACAUUGAGAGUGAUAAUUUGGAUGGAGCAGAUGAAUUACAGUGUCACUUCAAUCAGAACUCAUACCGUAUGGUUUAUGUGAUAAAUAGAGAUAACUACUUGUACCGGGAGCAGGCUCUUCCCAAAGCAAGACAGUCUCAUCCAUCUGUGUCUACAAGGCUGAAUAACAAGUUCCGGUCAUGGCACAACCAGUGGGCCAGAGAACAUGUCAGUGAUUCCCAACAGAAAUCAAACAGUGAUUGGUUGAUGGGGCGGGGUGAAGGUGUUGUGCCAAAUAGGACACGAGUUUUAACCAACAAUGACAUCAGCAAGCCUCCUUAUAGAAUUUUCAACAGAUAUAGGGUGGAUAGGCUAGUUAGUGAAAGUGCUUCAUCAGCUGCUGUUCCUACUGCUGAGUCAUGAUCCUGCUACUGUCUCUACAAUCCUUGCAAAUUAGGGCACCUUGACAAAAAUCAUUGAGUAUUUUUGUUACUGUGACGUAUUAUAAUGGCUUAUAGUUCUCAUGUAGUAUUAUUUCCUUGACUGAUAUCAUUUUAUUUCAGUGUUUGAACUAUGAAUUGAAAUUGCCAAUCAAUAUGAACAUGUCAUAAACAUUCCUUGUUUGAUUUUGAUGUUGUUCACAUUUGUGGCCUUACCUUUGUAUGAAGUCGCAUUCUCUUUCAAAUAUCUGGUCACUUUUACUAAAUCAAUUUAACUAUGGCAAUUCCUUACCAGCUUAGUUUUUUUUGUUUUAUUCCUGUAUUUCCUCAUGCUUAAUAAUAGUACACAUACAAUUGGUACUGUUUUUAUCUGCAUGCCACAUAGUCAUGCAUGUGUCAUGCAUCUUAAGUUUUGUCAACUUUCAGAAGCACAAUUGAGAAAGCUUUUCUACAUAUUUUAGUUUUUGCAAAGAUUGUUGUGAGAAUCAUGUGACCAGUGAAUUGUUGAUGUAUAUAACUAAAUGUAUACACAUUUAUUAUUAAAUAUUUAUCUUAUAUAUAUUAUAUGUAUACAUAGGUGUAUGUAAUAUAUAUAUUUUCUGUGAAUAUCGUGUAGGUAUUUUUUUAACUUGGAAAUAAUGUACUUAGUAUUUGAGAUCUAUUGGACUAUAAUUAAUUGACUGCAACAUGGUUAAACAUAUUGCAUUCACUUAACUAAAUUUGUGUAAUUUAAUGUAAAUAUACAUUGCCUCGUACAGAAGUAUCAGAUUAAAUAUGAACACAGUACAAAAUGUUAACAUAUUUUUUUGUUGUUCUAGUUGUAGAAAAGUGUCAGAGCCACCAUCAUAUCUCACUUUCAUGUAAUUUGUUUUCAUUAUGGUAUGGAGAACUAGUCAAGGCCUCUGACCAUCCAGCAUCCAAAUUUUAGCUUAACACUAGAAUCUCAAUGCAUGUGCAAAUUGUGAUUGUAAGUAAAUUAUAUAGGUAAUUUAUUUAUGUGAAGAUGGAUUGUCAGAGGUCUACGGCUAGUAAAGUGCCAUUUGCUUUGUACAUAAGCCCAUGUGAUGGUGGUCAUAUUUUCAUUCUGUACACACAUAGUACUACCUUUUCUUCAAGACAAUGUAUUUUAAGAACAGAAAUUGGAGCUAACUGAUAUAGAGUGAAUAAAAAAGAAUGAACUCGUAAGGAAAAUGCAAGACUAAA